UAGCCUUUCAGUUGGGCUCUGCCUCUCUUCUUCUUCGUCGAUUUUUCGUGACUCCGUCUGCAGGCGUCGUCUCCGACGAGCUAGCUCCACGUUGAAUUAUUUGGAACAUUUACGUCAUUGCAGUUUAGGUGUCCAGUGACAAAACAAGAAACUUCUACAAAUUAGGGCUUUUCGACAAAUCCAAUUAGAGUCUGAUUCAUCCCCUCAAUUUGAGUUUAUUUCUUCAUAAGUAAGUUAAUUUCAAGAACAUUGGAAGAUGGCCCUCUCCUCUCCCCCUACCUUAAAUUAUCGCCACCGCCUCACGGCCGCCCCUGCAAUGGCAAGGCAAUCAACCAUGUCAUUGCCCCGGAAUAAUCUCAAGCUUUCCUUUCGUACUUCCCUGAAGCCACCACGACUUUCGUCGUUCUUUGUCAAACCCUCAAAGCCCUGUAAUCCCAAAUUCGUCACCAAGUCUAUAAAAUCCAUUUUCACAGGCAUAGUCGAAGAAAUGGGGUCAAUUAAACAGCUAGGAUUUGACCAAAACGACAGCUUCAUCAUGAAAAUCCAGGGGAGAACUGUUCUUGAAGACAUACACUUGGGCGACAGCAUCUCCGUCAACGGAACUUGCUUGACAGUGACUGAAUACAACACUGAAUUGUCCGAAUUCUCGGUCGGGUUGUCCCUCGAGACUCUGAGGAAGACCUCUUUGGGCGAGCUGGAGAGUGGAUCUUUGGUGAACUUGGAGAGGGCAGUGAGCCCUAGCACUAGAAUGGGGGGCCAUUUCGUGCAGGGCCACGUCGAUGGAACCGGGGAAAUCGUCGAUAUGACGCCGGAGGGUGACUCGUUGUGGGUGAAGGUGAGAGUCGAAAGGGGAGAGAUUUUGAAGUACAUUGUGCCUAAGGGGUUCAUUGCUGUGGAUGGGACUAGCUUGACUGUGGUAGAUGUUUUUGAUGAGGAAUUGUGUUUCAAUUUUAUGUUGGUAGCGUAUACACAGCAGAAUGUUGUGAUUCCUUUGAAGAAAGUUGGGCAGAAGGUGAAUUUGGAGGUUGACAUUUUGGGGAAAUAUGUUGAGAGGCUUCUUGCUGCAGGAUUUGUGGAUUCGUUCAAAUCUUCAUAAAUUGUGAUGUUCUAAGCAUAUCU